AUGUUCAAUCGUCUUCGCCUGGCGUUAGAGAUGUUCAGUCGUCUUCGCCUGGCGUUAGAGAUGUUCAGUCGUCUUCGCCUGGCGUUAGAGAUGUACAAUCGUCUUCGCCUGGCGUUAAGGAUGCUCAGUUGUCUUCGCCUGGCGUUAGAGAUGUACAAUCGUCUUCGCCUGGCGUUAGAGAUGUUCAAUCGUCUUCGCCUGGCGUUAGAGAUGUACAAUCGUCUUCGCCUGUCGUUAGAGAUGUUCAGUCGUCUUCGCCUAGCGUUAGAGAUGUUCAGUCGUCUUCGCCUGGCGUUAGAGAUGUUCAGUCGUCUUCGCCUAGCGUUAGAGAUGUACAGUCGUCUUCGCCUGGCGUUAGAGAUGUACAGUCGUCUUCACCUGGCGUUAGAGAUGUUCAGUCGUCUUCACCUGGCGUUAGAGAUGUUCAGUCGUCUUCGCCUGGCGUUAGAGAUGUUCAGUUUUCUUCGCCUGGCGUUAGAGAUGUUCAAUCGUCUUCGCCUGGCGUUAGAGAUGUUCAAUCGUCUUCGCCUGGCAUAG